UUUAUUUAUUAAACAAGAGCAAUAUUUGUGAGCCUAUCUGGGCGGUUCUUUGUUUCUUUCUCUGUUCGCGGUGUUUACCUCACAUGAAACAAGUCCUUCAAUUCGUGUCUACAAGCUCUUUCAAUCUCACCAGUGUUUAAGAAACAUUUGAAUACUAAGACAUUGGUUACUCCAACUGUGAAAGCAAUGGGGUCUAAAAGACCCUCUUCAGAUUCAUCAGAAUCCAUGUCACCAUUUGUUGAGGACAAGAAUGAUAUGAAGCGUAAAGGGUUGGAAGCAAGCCCAUGUUCCAAAAAGCAUGUUGUUAAGGAAAAUGAUGUUAAUAGCUAUUGCAUUGAGAUUGAGAGAUUAAGAAAUGAGCCUGCCCUAAUAGACACAAUGACUGUUCAGGAACUUCGGAAAACAUUGAAGAUUAUUAGGGUUCCUGCCAAGGGUCGUAAAGAUGAUCUUUUGUCUGCCUUGAAGAGUUUCAUGGACAAUAACAUGUGUGAACAAGAUUCUCAAAUAAGAAAAGAAGGGUUAUUCAUUACUUCUGGAAAUACAUCUGUGGAAGUGAAGGCAAAAAAGGUGUCAGAUGAAGACCACGAUGAUGAUGUCAAUGAUACUCCAGAGAUAUUUGAACUUAACCAGGGUAAGAGGAGGUUAAUACAAUCAGGAUCUGAGAGCAAAACUGUCAAGGUGACUACCAAGAAACAGCUGUCUGUGAAAUCCGACGAGGUUUCAGAUUCUAAGUCUUCCAGGGCAAAGAGAAAAGUAUCUUCAGAAACUGUUAGCGUUGUUGUGCAAUCAGAUGAAAUCAGUACAACCACUAUUCAAACUGAGCCAUGGACUGUUCUUGCCCACAAGAAGCCUCAAAAAGGUUGGAUUGCAUAUAAUCCUAGAGCCAUGAGAUCCCCACCUCUUACUCAGGAUACAAAAUUUGUCAAGCUUUUGUCUUGGAAUGUCAAUGGAUUGAGAGCAUUGCUAAAAUUAGAAGGAUUUUCUGCACUUCAACUUGCCCAAAGAGAAGACUUUGAUGUAUUGUGCUUGCAAGAGACUAAACUGCAGGAGAAGGAUAUUCAGGAAAUCAAAAAGCAUAUGAUAGAGGGCUAUGAGAACAGCUUUUGGACAUGUAGCGUUUCUAAGCUUGGUUAUUCUGGAACAGCAAUAAUCUCAAGGAUAAAACCACUUUCAGUUAGAUAUGGCCUAGGUAUAUCUGAUCAUGAUAGUGAGGGUAGACUUGUGACUGCAGAGUUUGAUGCAUUUUAUUUGAUAAGUGGAUAUGUCCCUAAUUCUGGAGAUGGCUUGAGAAGACUGUCUUACAGGGUGACUCAAUGGGACCCAUCUCUUAGCAAUUAUUUGAAAGAGCUAGAAAAGUCAAAACCUGUAAUUUUGACUGGUGAUCUGAAUUGUGCUCAUGAAGAGAUAGACAUAUAUAACCCUGCUGGUAACAGAAGAAGUGCUGGGUUUACAGAUGAAGAGAGGAAAUCGUUUGCAACAAACUUCUUAUCAAAGGGAUUUGUAGAUACCUUUAGAAGGCAGCACCCUGGGGUCGUUGGAUAUACUUAUUGGGGUUAUCGGCAUGGUGGGCGCAAGACUAACAGAGGGUGGCGUCUUGACUAUUUCCUUGUCUCAGAAUCCAUAGCUGACAAAGUUCAUGAUUCGUACAUUCUCCCUGAUGUUACUGGUAGUGAUCAUUGUCCUGUUGGCCUCGUUGUCAAGCUUUAGUUCUGUAAUUGAAGCACUAUGUUUGAGCUUGUAGGGAAUUUUGCUUGAGAUUGUAAUUUAUGAGCAAGCCUAUUUACCUCAAGAAGGGAUUUUUGCUUAAUUUUUUUUUGCUUUCUGGCUUGCUUCACCUUGUAAAAAUCUUCAAUCCUUGUACAGGGUAAUCCAUGAUUUCGACUAAGCUA